CUCCGAGAAGCCAGGCGUAUUAUUCUAAAAACAAUAAGAGCUUUUUGCUUUAAAUAUCGCUGCCCUGACGGAUUAAACUUUAGUUCAUACUUGUCUCCGCCAGCUGAAAGUUCAUAAAGAUUUAUUCCAUUAUGAAGGUGCUAGUCUUUUUGGUGGCUUUUUUGGUCCUUCUGGCUACUGCUUUGGGCCUUAAAAAUGAAAUCUGCGGAUUGCCCCAUUCCCGUAAUGGUGACAUAAUCUCCUGCGAAGCCUACAUUCCCAGUUGGACGUACAAUUCUGCCAGCAAUGAGUGCAUUAAAUUUUUUUACGGAGGCUGCAGAGGCAACGAUAAUCGUUUUGACACCAAACAAAAAUGUGAGGAAAAGUGUUUGGAAUAAAACAACCUAACAUCCAUAGAUGCAAUUGGUGUUUAUAAUUGGUUGAUACGAAUAUAUUAUGGUCGAGAAUUAGGGAAAUUCGUCACAAUAAAAAAAAAUCAGAAAAGUC